CUUGAGGGGCGGCCAGGGUGAAUAUUAGGCAGAGUGACUCGAACGAGUGUCGCUGAGGUUUUAACCCCAACCACAGGAAAGCAAGAAGAAAGAGAGACAAGAAGAAGUUUCACCUUUGUGAGAGUCAGUCUACAGGAUGGGGAAUAAUAAGAGCAGCGCUUUGUCAAAAGAACUCCUGCAGGAUCUGAAGUCCAACACAAAAUAUUCAGAGUCCGAGCUCUGCACCUGGUACCAGUCCUUCCUGAAGGAGUGUCCCAGCGGGAAGAUCAGCAAGCAGCAGUUUGAAGGCAUCUAUGCCAGCUUCUUCCCAAAUGCAGACCCCACAAAGUACGCACGGCACGUGUUCAGGAGUUUCGACACCAAUGCAGAUGGCACUUUGGACUUUAAGGAGUACAUCGUCGCUCUGCACCUCACAUCCGGGGGAAAGACUAUGCAGAAGCUGGAGUGGGCCUUUGCCCUAUACGAUGUGGACGGGAAUGGAACCAUCAGCAAAAAUGAAAUGCUAGAGAUUGUUAAGUCAAUAUUCAACAUGAUUCCUGCUGACGACCAAAAGAACCUCCCAGAGGAUGAAAACACGCCGGAGAAGAGGGCGGAAAAAAUCUGGGAAUUCUUCGGGAAGAAGGACGACGAUAAAAUCUCAGAGGGAGAAUUCAUUCAGGGUGUUAUGGACAACAAGGACAUCCUGCGGUUGAUACAAUACGAUGAGCCUCAGAAAAUCAAAGACAAGCUGAAAGAGAGGAAGAAUUAAUAUAUGUGGUUUUAAGACUUUUUUCUUGUUCUGUUUACAUUUUCACAUGGUCUGGCUGCUUGUCCGCUUGACUCAAGUCUCUCUUUUUCUUUUUCAGAUUGAUUUAUUUUUUGGUCUUAGCAACCAGCUGAACAUUGCAUUUAAAUAAUUGCAUUUCACACCAGAUGCAGAGGAACUCUUGAAAUAGCAAUUUAAGACAUUUUGUGCAGUUACAGUGACAAUCUGUUUCAAAUAUGCAGUAAACAACAUUGUUUUACUGCCCUACAAAGCCAAAACACAGACAGAUUUAAUCAAAAUUGACCAGGAUGCAAUACCUUACCAUAGGAAAUACAAUGUCAUAUCAUGAGUGUAUAAUUUUUUAAAUAACAGCACGUAGAGGUCUUAAGAACUAGAAAACAGAGGUCAAAACCGAACUACAGCGACUGCAUUCUGGCUAGUUAAGGCUACAGUAUCUGUUAAGAUAGCAUUAGCCAAAGCUAAUUUACACACUUAUUUCUAGUUUCUAGUUAAAAUAAAUACAAGUUGAUGUUCUAACAUAUGGGUUUGUAACACCACAUUAAUUAAAAGACUAUCUUACAUUAUAAUAGAGAAAAACAGAAGAUAAGC